CCGCGCCAGAGUGGACUUUCUUCUCUUUCUCUCUGGCUAUGACCAUGUCUCAGCAGCAGUAUUCAACCGAAACGCAACGAAACGCAAACUCUCUCUCUUUCUCCGUCGCUAUAUUUUCUGUAAAUAACCUCUUUCCUCCACCGGUUUCCACGAACCUUCUCUUCCACUUCAAUUCACGUCUCCACAGUUUUCAUCACUAAUCAUAUCUAUGCUGUUUCUUUUCAUACUUCACUUAUUACCUAUGGUUAUGAUAAAUUCAAUUGAAGUUGAAGGAGAAGCUUGCUGAUUUAUUAACAAGACACGGAUUCAUUGUGUUGUGGUCUUGCUUUUGAACUGUAUCACAAUUAUGACUUUUCAGCAAGAUAAAUUUGUUAGAUUUCAGGACUGGAGUUCAGAGGUUAAUUCUCCUGGAAUUCAUGUAACGCAGUCAGGGAGAAUUAGAACUACACUAAAAACAGUUUCCAGGAAGUUUCAAAGGGGGUUUGAAUCUAGUUCUGAGAGGAUAAAGGGAUUUGCAAAACCAUUCAAAUCUUUUUCCCAUCACAGUUUACUUACUAGAUGUUUUAGUUCUACAAAGAAAAUCCUCGAUCCGCAGGGUCCUUUUCUUCAAAAGUGGAACAAAAUAUUUGUGUUAUCGUGUCUUAUUGCUGUAUCAAUUGAUCCUCUGUUCUUCUAUAUCCCUGUGAUUGACGAUGACAAGAAAUGUCUUUCAAGGGACAGAAAAAUGGAAACUACGGCAACAGUUUUAAGGUCUUUCUCCGACAUUUUUUAUAUUAUCCAUAUAAUUUUCCAAUUUCGUACGGGAUUCAUUGCUCCUUCAUCUCGAGUAUUUGGAAGAGGUGUUUUGGUUGAAGAUUCUUGGGCAAUAGCAAAGAGAUAUAUGUCUUCAUACUUCUUAAUUGACAUUCUUGCCGUUCUUCCCCUCCCGCAGGUGGUGAUUCUAUUUAUCAUUCCGAAGCUGAGAGGCUCAGAAUCACUGAACACGAAAAACUUGCUGAAAUUUAGUGUCUUCUUCCAAUAUGUGCCACGGUUUAUACGAAUAGUUCCACUAUACAAAGAAGUUACAAGGACCUCUGGCAUUCUCACUGAAACAGCAUGGGCUGGAGCUGCAUUCAAUCUCUUUCUUUACAUGCUUGCAAGUCAUGUUCUUGGUGCCUUUUGGUACUUGUUUUCUAUAGAAAGAGAAACCACGUGCUGGCAAAAAGCAUGUCGGAAAAAUACUACCUGUCUAAAAGCAAAUUUGUAUUGUGAUGAUCAUCAUGGGUCAGGCGCAAUUACAACAUACCUGAAUGCUUCAUGCCCAAUACAGAGUCCAAAUACAACACUCUUUAAUUUUGGAAUUUUCCUUGAUGCACUUCAAUCUGGAGUUGUGGGGUCAACAGACUUCCCGCAGAAAUUUUUUUAUUGCUUUUGGUGGGGUCUAAAGAAUUUGAGUUCUCUUGGUCAGAAUCUGGCAACAAGUACCUUUGUUUGGGAAAUCUGCUUUGCAAUUUUCAUUUCCAUUGCUGGUUUGGUAUUAUUUGCAUUCCUCAUUGGAAAUAUGCAGACAUAUUUGCAAUCAACAACUACGAGGUUGGAAGAGAUGAGAGUGAAAAGGAGAGACGCAGAACAGUGGAUGUCUCAUCGACUGCUCCCUGAUAGCUUGAGAGAAAGAAUCAGACGACAUGAGCAGUACAAAUGGCAAGAAACCAGAGGAGUUGAUGAAGACAAUUUGAUCCGCAAUCUUCCCAAGGAUUUAAGAAGAGACAUUAAGCGUCAUCUCUGCUUGGCUUUGCUGAUGAGGGUGCCAAUAUUUGAGAAAAUGGAUGAGCAGCUUUUGGAUGCAGUAUGUGACUGUCUCAAACCAGUACUUUACACGAAAGAAAGCUGCAUCGUCCGCGAAGGCGAUCCUGUUGAUGAGAUGCUCUUCAUAAUGCGUGGCAAACUAUUGACUGUGACAACUAACGGUGGAAGAACAGGUUUCUUUAACUCUGAAUACCUCAAGGCUGGUGACUUCUGUGGAGAAGAGCUUCUCACAUGGGCAUUAGAUCCCCGUUCUUCAUCCAACCUUCCCAUCUCAACCAGGACCGUCCAAACUCUUUCAGAAGUUGAAGCCUUUGCUCUAAAAGCUGAAGAUUUGAAGUUUGUUGCAUCUCAAUUCCGGCGCCUUCACAGUAAGCAGCUUCGCCACACUUUCAGGUUUUACUCGCAACAAUGGCGUACAUGGGCUGCAUGUUUCAUACAAGCAGCAUGGAGGCGCUAUUGUAAAAAGAAGCUUGAAGAGUCUCUAAGGGAAGAGGAGAAUAGGUUGCAAGAUGCAUUGGCCAAGGAAGGUGGUAGCUCACCUAGCCUAGGCGCUACAAUAUAUGCUUCAAGAUUUGCUGCUAAUGUGCUUCGAGCUAUACGUAGAAAUGGCACAAGGAAGACUAGGGUGCCCGAGAGACUACCUCCCAUGAUGCUCCAGAAGCCUGCUGAACCAGAUUUUACUGCUGAAGAGCAAUAGUGUAAUCAAUGGACAUGGAUGACUUUUGCUGUAAGAAAAGAAAAGAUGUGACAUAACUGAGAAAAAUUAAAAUGAAAUUAUGAUAGGAAAGCCAGCCAAGUAUCAUUUAUUUUAUUUCUUCUAUUUUUUGAGUUAGUAUAAAAUAUAGAAUGUGUAUACAAAUAUUGAUUAUGAAGCUGUAUAUAUACGAUUGUUGCUAAAAUGCUUUUCAUUCAUGAAUGGAACCAGUGCGAAAUAAAUAUUUUUUUUA